AUGGAUCGUGACUACGACAUCGUGUCGAAGCAAUUCGUGUUCGAGCAAUUCCGAGGCUACGAACAGUUUGUGUCGAACCAAAAACCACGAGAUCGCGAUGGCUCAAGUUUUUGGCGAUGUGAAGAGAAGGAGAUUCUGGCGAGUUUCUUACGAUGGAGUGGCUGCAGAGUUGUUCAAGUCCUGCUCCGUCGAAGUCGGCGACUGGUUCCGGCAGCGUCGCGAGGUGAGAGAGAGGGUACGACCGCGAAGAGAGAGAGACACACGGCGGCGAGGGGACAGACAAAGAGCAUGCCGGUGAGCCACGGUGUCGUCAAACUACACGGCGAGUUGCCGGCGAGACGAGACCGAGAUCGAGGUGAGGUAAAAUCGAUGGUUCGAGAUUCGUGGCGAGUUGACUCACUGAGUUAUCUCGGGCGAGUUGACUCGUACGAGUUGACUGAGUUGACUUGGCCGAGUUGA